UUUGGAAUUGAAUUAUGUACUACAAACUAAUUUAAAACAGCAUAUUUGUGGAUAAAUUAAUUAGUAAAAUAAAUAAAAAAACAACGAAGAAUGACAUGGCAAAGACGUGGUCUCCACUCUCUCAAGACCCCCAACAGAAAAGUUUUAGCAUUCUCGCCGGAAAAAUACCAGACGUCUCUUCUUCUUCUUCUUCUUCUUCCUUCUGACCUCUUUCUUCUUCACAUCAUCAUCAUCAUCCAAAACUCUACCCUAAAUUAGCUUUUAUAAUGGCUCACAAACCUCUCUAACACUCUCCAACUUAUAUUCCCUCAACCAUCACAUCGUUUCUUCUAUGUAAUUCCUCCGCCUCUUCCUUCUAUAACCAUCUCUAAGUAUCGUAAAUGCGAUCACAGUCCGCUCCAAAACCUUCAAUGAAACCUUCUUCAAAUCCAUCUCCGUUCUCCGUCAGAUCCUCCGUCGCUUUCUCUUCUCACUUAGCAAUGGUGGAAUUGAAACAGAAGAUUUUAACCUCUCUCUCUAGGCUCGGUGAUCGCGAUACUUAUCAGAUUGCUGUAGAUGAUCUCGAGAAAAUCGUCGUCUCUGUCUCCGAUUCUCCCGAGAUCCUUCCCGUGCUUCUCCAUUGUCUUUUCGAUUCCUUCUCCGAUCCUAAAGCUCCGGUCAAGAGAGAAUCAAUACGACUCCUCUCCUUUCUCUGCCUCUCUUAUUCCGAUCUCUCUUCUUCUCAGCUUGCCAAAAUCAUCUCACACAUCGUCAAGCGUCUCAAGGACGCUGAUAACGGUGUGCGCGACGCUUGCCGCGACGCGAUUGGCUCUCUCUCUGCGCAGUUUCUCAAGGAGAAGGAGGAUGGAGAUGGAAAUUUCGUUGGGUCUUCGUUGGUUGGGCUAUUUGCUAAACCCUUGUUUGAAGCAAUGGCGGAGCAGAACAAAAGCUUACAAUCUGGUGCUGCGAUUUGUAUGGGGAAGAUGGUGGAUUCAGUUACCGAGCCUCCUGUUGCUGCUUUUCAAAAACUCUGCCCUAGAAUCUCCAAGUUUUUGAAUAGCCCCAAUUACAUUACUAAGGCUUCACUCUUGCCUGUAGUUGGAAGCUUAUCCCAGGUUGGAGCUAUUGCACCUCAGAGCUUGGAAUCAUUGCUACAAAGCAUUCACGAGUGCCUUGGAUGUACCAAUUGGGUUACUCGUAAAGCAGCUGCUGAUGUCUUAAUCUCCUUGGCCGUCCAUUCUAGCAAUUUGGUUGCAAACAAAACAGAUUCCACUCUUACAGCUCUUGAAGCCUGUCGAUUUGAUAAGAUAAAACCUGUUAGAGAAAGCUUGUCGGAAGCACUAAACGUCUGGAAGAAUAUUGCUGGAAAAGGUGAAGCUCGAACAUCUGAUGAACAGAAGGAUGUGUUAUCUGAGCAAUGUAUGUUAGAAAGGAAUGGGGAAACUGAUUCAGUUGCAUGCGACGGAGCAGGGCUGGUGAUUCAAGGCUCUUCCGAUGGUUUGAGCAGUAAUUCAGAUUCCAUUUCAAAAGCAGUUCUCAUUUUGAGGAAAAAAGCACCUGGAUUAACUGGCAAAGAUCUAAACCCAGAGUUUUUCCAGAAACUGGAAAAAAGAGGUUCUGAUGGUAUGCCAGUUGAAGUUAUUCUUCCCUGUAAGCAAAUAAAUUUGUCGACCUCAAACACAGAGGAUGAAUCAGAUGCCAAUACUUCAGUAUCGAGGAGUAGGUCAAAAGGUUUGUGCAGAACAACUGGUGUCCAUCCCAAAGAAAGACAUUUUGGAGACUUUGCAAGAGAAAAAUGGGUUGAUGAAAGAAUGAACGGAGGUGAAUCACGGUUGAGAGCAUUUGAUGGAGAUCAAACCGAAGCGAUCCAGGCAGAGGCAUCUGAAAACAGAGGGAAUUGGCCACCUUUACAGAGACAGUUAUUGCACUUGGAGAGACAACAAACCCACAUAAUGAAUAUGUUGCAGGAUUUCAUGGGUGGUUCACACGACGGCAUGAUAAGUUUGGAAAACCGUGUUAGAGGUCUUGAGAGGAUAGUAGAAGAGAUGUCGAGAGAAAUUUCCAUACAAUCAGGUGCGAGGGGAAAGGCGGCUGCAUCAUGGAGGAAUGAUGUAAACGGAUGGGAUAGUUCUAAGAAUGGAGAUUCUCCGAGAAACACCCAGACCAGUACAAGAAGGUCACAUGGCACUGGUCCCCUUGACUCUGAGUAUUCAGGUAACAGCAGAAGAGCUUGGGACAAAAGCUCUGUACCUAUACGAUUAGGUGAAGGACCUUCUGCUAGAAGCGUGUGGCAAGCAUCAAAAGAUGAAGCUACUCUUGAAGCAAUACGCGUGGCUGGUGAAGACUGUGGAAUGCCAAGGAAUAGGCGAGUAUCUAUUCCCCAAGCAGAAGCAAUAAUGGACGAAGAUGAUUAUGACCGUGGAGGACAGAAGGGAGACCUUGUCUGGACUAGUUGGAGCAAUGCGAUGCACGCACUCCGAGUUGGUGACACCGACUCUGCAUUUGCUGAGGUAUUAUCUACAGGAGACGAUCAUUUGCUUGUCAAGUUAAUGGACAAGACCGGUCCUGUUCUUGAUCAACUCUCGAGUGAUAUUGGAAACGAGGCUAUCCAUUCUAUUGCACAGUUUCUCCUGGAUCACACUCUGUUUGAUCUCUGUCUAUCUUGGAUUCAACAGCUGCUAGAAGUAAGUGUAGAAGAUGGACCAGCCUUUAUAGAAAUGCCGUUGGAGUUAAAGAAGGAGCUUUUGUUGAAUCUACAUGAAGCUUCGUCAACAACAGAUCCUCCAGAAGACUGGGAAGGUCUAGCUCCCGACCAUCUUCUGGUCCAGUUAGCAUCUAAUUGGACUAUCGAGCUCCAACAUUUUGACCCGUAGAAUGUUUGGAAGACAUUUCAUUGUACAGAUAUAUGAUUUUUCUUACACUUGUGAAUCACUAAAAAAAAGAACAUUGAAUAUAUGAUACUUUUUGAGUCAAUGAAAGCUACUAUACAUCUGAA